AUCUACGAACACAGAACAGCAACAUGUCCGCUCCAAAAAUCACCCUCUACACCAACCACCGAUGCCCCUGGGCCCACAGAGCGCAUAUCGCCCUCAAGGAGCUCGGCCUUGACUACGAAGAGGUCAUCAUCGAUCUGAACACACCCCGAGAACCAUGGUACCUUGAGAUCAACCCGCGCGGUCUCGUCCCCACCAUCUCCUACAACGGCAACAUCAUCACCGAGUCAGCCAUCGUCGCCCAGUUCCUCGCAGACGCGCACCCAUCCCACCUCCUUCCUCCCUCUAACAGCGUCGAAGGCGCCCUGCAGCGCGCCCGCAUCGCCUUCUUUGUCGAUACCUUCUUCAGCAAGGUCCAGUCGCAGGUCCUGGCUUCUAUGCGCGCCACCAGCGACGAGGACCGCGCUGCAGCCGGCGAUGCUAUCGUCGCGGCGGUUGAGAAGGAGAUCGAACCCAUUCUGGCCUCGCAGAAGGGAUCCGGUCCGUUCUUCGGUGGGAGUGAGAAGUUGACCCUGGCGGAGGUGUUGACUGGUUCGUUCCUGUUACGGUUGCUGUCGUUGCAUAAGCCUGAGCAUGGACUGCUGAGGGAGGAUUUGCCGGAGCUGUUGGAGAAGAAGACUCCGGCGUUUACGAAAUGGGCCAAGGCGACGGUGCAGCAGGAGAGUGUGAACUUUAUCUGGGAUGAGAAGAGCGUUGCGGAGCUGACGAAGAAGAAGAUUGCGUCGCUGGCUCAGAAGUGAUCGCCCUGUGCGUAUAUCAGUAUUUGAAUAACGGCCUAUAAUGAUAUGACUUGU